GUACACACCACACUCCCCCGGCUAGCACCGUGCUCUCUAGCUAGCUAGCUAAGCUACUACUGCCCUCUCCUUUCCAGGCGACUUUGCAACCCUAGCAAGAGCAUUUUCGCCAUGUCUCCCACUAUGGCUUCGUCGUUGUGCGUAUUUGCAGCGAUGUCUGGCGCCAGCGGCAGGCCGUCGGCCGGUGGCUCGGCGGUACCGGGCCGUCUGUCCAGCAGCACACAGGGGGGCAAGGGAAAGCGGGCCGUGGUGCAGCCGCUCGCGGCUAGCGUGGUGACGGAGACGCCAGCGCCGGCCGUAGCUCCGGCUCGGCCCGUCGUCGACGCCCCGCCGCGCCGCCGUGGGGGCCGCGGCACCGUCGAGCACGCGGCGUGGAAGAGCGUCCGGCAGGAGAGGUGGGAGGGGGCGCUGGAGCUGGAGGGAGAGCUGCCGCUCUGGCUGGAUGGCACCUACCUGAGGAACGGGCCGGGCCUGUGGAACCUGGGCGACUACGGCUUCCGGCACCUGUUCGACGGCUACGCCACGCUGGUCCGCGUGUCGUUCCGCGACGGGCAGGCGGUGGGCGCGCACCGGCAGAUCGAGUCGGAGGCGUACAAGGCGGCGCGCGCGCACGGCAAGGUGUGCUACCGCGAGUUCUCGGAGGUGCCCAAGGCGGAGGGGUUCCUCUCCCACGUGGGCCAGCUCGCCACCCUCUUCUCGGGCUCCUCGCUCACCGACAACUCCAACACGGGCGUCGUCAGGCUCGGCGACGGCCGCGUCCUCUGCCUGACAGAGACCAUCAAGGGCUCCAUCGUGGUCGACCCGGACACGCUCGACACCAUCGGCAAGUUCGAGUACACGGACAGGCUGGGCGGCCUCAUCCACUCGGCGCACCCCAUCGUGACGGACACCGAGUUCUGGACGCUCAUCCCGGACCUCAUCCGCCCGGGCUACUCGGUGGUGAGGAUGGACGCCGGGACCAACGAGCGGCGGUUCGUCGGCAGGGUGGACUGUCGGGGCGGGCCGGCGCCCGGGUGGGUGCACUCGUUCCCCAUCACCGACCACUACGUGGUGGUGCCGGAGAUGCCGCUCCGGUACUGCGCCAGGAACCUCCUCCGCGCGGAGCCCACGCCGCUGUACAAGUUCGAGUGGCACCUCGAGUCCGGCAGCUACAUGCACGUCAUGUGCAAGGCUAGCGGCAGGGUCGUGGCGACCGUGGAGGUGCCGCCGUUCGUCACGUUCCACUUCAUCAACGCGUACGAGGAGAAGGACGACGAGGGCCGCGUCACCGCGAUCAUCGCCGACUGCUGCGAGCACAACGCCAACACCUCCAUCCUCGACAAGCUCCGGCUCCAGAACCUGCGCUCUUCCACCGGCCAGGACGUCCUCCCCGACGCCAGGGUGGGCCGCUUCAGGAUCCCGCUGGACGGGAGCCCGUUCGGCGAGCUGGAGCCGGCGCUGGACCCGGACCAGCACGGCCGCGGGAUGGACAUGUGCAGCAUCAACCCGGCCCACGUCGGCAAGAAGUACCGGUACGCCUACGCCUGCGGAGCCCACCGGCCGUGCAACUUCCCCAACACCCUCACCAAGAUCGACCUGGUGGAGAAGACGGCCAAGAACUGGUACGAGGAGGGCGCCGUGCCGUCAGAGCCCUUCUUCGUGCCGCGCCCCGGCGCCGUGGAGGAGGACGACGGCGUCGCGAUCUCGAUGGUGAGCGCCAAGGACGGAUCGGCCUACGCGUUGGUGCUGGACGCCAAGACGUUCCACGAGAUCGCGCGGGCCAAGUUCCCGUACGCGAUGCCCUACGGCUUGCACUGCUGCUGGGUGCCUAGGAGUACCUCAGACGCGUAGCGCUAGCAGAUCGUUCGACUCUGCUGCUCACAUCUCCCACACCGUACGUGCCGACUCGACCGACAGACAUGGGCAUAGUAGUACAAACAGAAAGGUGUCUCUGCUGCUUUAUUUCCUGGCCUUCGGCUGAAUGGGAAAAAGGUAUACACGUCGUAGUGAUGUAUUGACAGACAUCGUAUACGUCUUCCCAGCAAAAUGUGGCUGUAGCAAUUACACGCGUUUAAUUGUACAGAGCUAGCUCAUGUGAGCGAGCCCAUAG